CUGAGAGCACUUUUCUCUCGGCAAACCAAUCGGCUCUUUGGAAGAGCUCUACUCAUCAUUGUACAAUGCUUCAUCCAUCAAUUGUUUGGAUGGUAUUUGGCGUGUGGACACUUGGUGUCAAGUCUCAAGUAAUUGUGCAAUCGCCCAAUAUUUCGACAUUUGGAACAUGGCAGCCAUGGGCAAGAUGUCCUGAAGGGCAAUAUGCAAAUGGAAUGAGAAUCAAGUUUGAAGAGUGGUCGGAGGAUGUCGAAAUUGCUGGACUCACUGCGGUGGAUCUUCGUUGUGCGGCUAAAGGUGGUCCACACAGUGAGGAAUCAGUGAUCAGUGGAGAAAGUGUCAGCGGAACUUGGCAAAAUGUGCAGUACUGCCCAGAUGACAAGGUCAUUGUCGGAUUCUCUCUGAAGGUGGAAGAGUUGCAAGGGAACUAUGACGACGCCGGAGCUCUAAACUUUGCAGCUUUUUGUGGAGCUCAAUUUGGAGCAAGGAACAGUAAGGUGGUACUUCAAGGCGACACAAAAUCCGUCACAAGAGGACACUGGACUGAGGAUCUCUACUGCCCAACUGGCUUUGCAGUCUGCGGAAUUCAGGCUCGAGUUGAGAAAAAUGAGACUCAAGCUGGAAUUGAUGAUACUGGUGUGAACAAUGUUCAAGUGGAAUGCUGCCCGGCACCAUAUGACUGUGAUGCAAGCUAUGAGGCUAAGGAAGUGGACAAGUAUCAGAAUAAUAAUGAUUACGAAACUUCCCACAAAGUGCUCGUCAAGUCAAAGUACGAAGGACCGGCUGCGGCGGACAAAACUGAACAAGAGUUUGUAGCCAAGAAAAUCAUGCUUUCCCUGAAAAAGAAGUAUGAGCAACUCGAGUUCAGCACUGCUCCAGCGGACUUUGUCUACACCCGAAACAAGCGUCAGGACACUGAUCCUGAUUAUGUCGAUGGUGGACUGGUUUUGGGAGAAGAUGAUCCAGAGAAGACCUCAGUUGCCCCAGAAGUUGAGUCCGUGGACUCCAAUGGUGAAGAUCUAGCUGCUUCCUCAAAUGGAGAAAUUUCUGAAAUUCCCACAGUUGAUCCAACUACCAGCGGUGAAAAUUCAGAAUCUGAUCCAGUUUUCGAAGUAGUGGAUCCAAGUUCGGCACCUCCGGCGGUGGCUAAUGCAGACGAAAACGCAUGGUCACAACAGGUCGAGCAAGGGAGCUCAGAGGCUCCAGUUGAGAUGACAGCUACUGAGGAUACAGCUGAGGAGACUAAUAACGAGUCUGAAGUCGAGGCAAGCACGGAAGCUCCAUUUGAGGUGGCGGCUACUGAAGAUUCAAACCAGGCUCCAGUUGACCCAAUCUUUACGGAAGCUCCAGCAGAAGGAUCGCAGGAGGAACAAACUUCAGAUGGUCCAGUGUUUAUUCCUGAAGAUGGAUCAGUUCAUUCCACGGAAGCUCCAUUUGAGGUGGCCGCUACUGAAGUUUCGGAAGUUACCCAUGGAAGCGGAAGUGGUCCAAUGCCAGAACAGACCGAUGAAGUUCCAGGACCAUGGGAGCCAGUGCCAUCUCCAGUUCCAGAACCAGAAGAUCCAGUUCCAAGACCAGAGCUUGCUACUACUACUGAGGGACUUCCAGUUCAAGAGCCAGAAGAUCCUAAUCCAAUACCAGAAGAUACAGUGCCGGGACCAGAAGACACAACUCCAGGACCAGCUGUAACUGAGGAAAUUCCAGAAGUACCAGAACCAACCGAAGAACCUCCGACUCCAACAGAUUCGGAAAUCGAUUCUCCAACUCCAGCUCCAGCACCGGGACCAGAACCAGAAUCCCCAUCCAACUACCACCGGCUGAGCAUUUCAAUGGACGAGCUGGAAGUAUUGGUUCAACAAGCAGUCGCUGGUCAGAAUAUGGUCAUCACUCUUCCGGUUCCAGCCCACAAGAAGUUGAUUGUCGAGCAGAUCGUUGUGAAGUGCGAUGAACAUGUCAUCAGCCUGCCAGCACUCAUUGUCAAACAUCGUUAGGUUCUUCAGUAGCCGAACUCUUGUCGAACUCUCUUUCUCUUUUUUUGUAGAAUAAAAUUGUGAUUUUUG